AUGGCGGUCAACGAGCAAGAUCCGCUGCUGCGGCUGCGUCAGGUCAUCGCGGCCGGGCAGGCCAUUGUGCCGAGCGCGUCGAGCGAGGCGGGCUCCCCCGAGGUAGGCCUCGCGCAGGCGAGCCACCUGCUGCUUGCGGACGCGGCGCCGUCGGCGCUGCGCAUGGACGCGCCGACGCGCUUCAUCUCCAGCGACCAGCCGGUCGACCUGCGCUCCAUCUACUUUGCCUGGCUGAACCGCGAGCUGGCCAUUCCCGAAUACAACGCGGCGGCGGCGACGCUCAACGCUGAGCUCGGCGCCGCCGGCGCCCGCGUCCAGAACCUCGGCUUCAUCGAGCGCCUCGACCUCAUCACCUGGCUCGAGGGCGCGAGCGACGAGUCCGAGUACAUCAAGCCCCUCGUCGGCGACGCCGAGGCAGCAGCGGCCGCCGCCGCCGCCCCCGCGACAAAGGCCGGUGCUGCAGCCGCCGCCGCUGUCCAGGCGCGCAGCGGCAAGGGCACGUUGGACCCGCGACUCGCGAGCAUCUACGACGGCGAGCGCCGCAUGGGAGACCGCAAUACCGUCCUGCGGGGCGUCAAACCUACGGACUUUUCCCACGUGCGCAAGCUCGCCGAACCCUUUCUCCAGCGCAAGACGCAGUCGACGGCGAGCCUGGUGGCCAACACGGCGCUGUCGCUCAACCAAAAGGGCCCGCAGCGGCGGCCGGACCCCAUCAUCCUGCUGUCGCCGUCGGCGUCGUCGCUGCUGCGCAUGUCCAACGCGCGGUCCUUUCUCGAGGACGGCAAGUUUGUGCCGCCCGACGCGGGCGCCUCGACCGUCAGCAUGCUGCACGUGCAGCGCGUCAUCCGCAGCGUCGACCCCCACCGCCCGAUGCGCUUCAUCCUCGUCGAGGGGCCCGAGCAGUUCAAGCCCGAGUACUGGAACCGCGUCGCCGCCGUCUUCACCACCGGCCAGACCUGGCAGUUCAAAAACUACAAGUGGAGCAACCCCAACGAGCUCUUCAAGCACGUCCAGGGCAUCUUUGUCGGCUGGCGCGGCGACCUGCCCCCGGACCCCGUCCGCGACUGGGGCCACCGCGUCCUCGCCGCCCCCGUCGACCGCUGGCGCGGCCACGGCCUCGACAGCUCCCGCUUCCGCGACAAGGAGGCCGUCGAGUCCAUCUGGAACACCAUUGAGCUCAACAUGCGCUCCAAGGGCUGGCGAAAGGACGCUGCGCCGACGGCGAUAUAG